UAUAUAUCUUUCCAGAUCCUCGGUGUCCUCUUAACCCUCGUCUCUUCACCCUGAGGACACUUUCCAGUGCCCAGAGAGCUGCUAUCAUUAUCUCUUGGGCUACAGUCUGGAGGAACAGCUAUUCAGAAAUGCAAGGACCCCGGUCCUCGUGUGUCAUCCACUUUACCCAGGAAGAGUGGUGCAGUCUGGAUGCCUGCAGGGACUGACUCCCUUCUUUGGAAAGGGCGUGUGUGGCUAGUGGAGCGGACACUUGUCGCGUUCAGGGCUCUGGAGGCAAGGCUCGGAGGACGCGGCCAUGCAGGGCCGGGCGGACGCAGGCGAGGCCGACGAGGAGGCUGGGGCGGGCUCGGGGUCGGAGGCCGAAGAGGACGCGCUGUGGGAGAGGAUCGAGGGCGUCCGGCACCGGCUGACGCGCGCCCUGAACCCGGCCAAGCUCACGCCGUAUCUGCGCCAGUGCCGCGUCCUGGACGAGCAGGACGAGGAGGAGGUGCUCAGCACCUACCGUUUCCCGUGCCGCGCUAACCGUACGGGGCGCCUCAUAGACAUUUUACGUUGCCGGGGCAAGAGGGGCUUCGAGGCCUUCCUGGAAGCCCUGGAAUUCUACUACCCAGAACAUUUCACGCUGCUCACUGGCCAAGAACCUGCCCAACGCUGCUCCAUGAUCCUUGAUGAGGAGGGGCCCGAGGGCCUGACUCAGUUCUUGAUGACCGAGGUCCGGAGGCUUAGGGAAGCUCGAAAGAGCCAGCUGCAUCGGGAACAGCAACUGCAGGCUCGGGGCCGGGCGCUGGAGGAGGAGCGGGCAGGCCUAGAGCAGCGGCUGCGGGAGCAGCAGCAGGCCCAGGAACGCUGCCAGCGACUGCGGGAGGACUGGGAGGCCGGCAGCCUGGAGCUGCUGCGGCUCAAGGAUGAGAACUACAUGAUCGCCAUGCGCCUGGCUCAGCUCAGCGAGGAGAAGAACUCGGCUGUGCUGCGCAGCCGGGACCUGCAGCUUGCGGUGGACCAGCUGAAGCUCAAGGUCAGUCGGCUGGAGGAAGAGUGCACACUGCUGCGGAGGGCCAGGGGCCCAGCGCCCGGGGCUGAGGAGAAGGAGAGGGAGCCAGACGGGGUGGAUCUCCUCUCAGAGCUUCGGGCAGAGAACCAGCGACUGACCGCCUCACUGCAGGAGCUCCAGGAAGGUCUUCAGCAGGAGAUGAGCCGGCCGGGAGCUGCGGGCUCUGAACGCAUCCUGCUGGACAUCCUGGAGCAUGACUGGAGGGAGGCACAGGACAGCAGGCAGGAGCUGUGUCAGAAGCUUCACGCUGUGCAGGGCGAGCUCCAGUGGGCAGAGGAACUGCGGGACAAGUACCUGCAAGAGAUGGAGGAUCUGCGGCUCAAACACCGCACGCUGCUGAAGGACUGUGACCUCUAUAAGCACCGCAUGGCCACUGUGUUGGCCCAGCUGGAGGAGAUUGAGAAAGAGCGGGACCAGGCAAUCCAGAGCCGAGACCGGAUCCAGCUGCAGUACUCCCAGAGCCUCAUCGAGAAGGAUCAGUACCGCAAGCAGGUGCGGGGGCUGGAGGCGGAGCGUGACGAGCUGCUCACCACAGUCACCAGCCUGGAGGGCACCAAGGCCAUGCUGGAGGCGCAGCUGCAGCGGACACAGGGGGGCUCCUGUCUCAAGGCCUGUGCCUCCUCCCACUCCCUGUGCUCCAACCUCAGCAGCACCUGGAGCCUCAGCGAGUUCCCAUCGCCCCUGGGAGGCCCGGAAGCGACAGGAGAAGCCGGGGGAUCCGAGCCCCACACCUCGGAGGAAGCCACAGACAGCGAGAAGGAGAUCAACCGGCUCUCUAUCCUGCCCUUCCCACCCAGCGCUGGCUCCAUACUCCGCCGGCAGCGUGAGGAGGACCCGGAGCCCCCUAAGAGGUCUUUUAGCAGCAUGUCGGAUAUCACAGGGAGUGUGACCCUUAAGCCCUGGUCCCCCGGCCUCUCUUCAUCAUCCUCAUCUGACAGUGUGUGGCCUUUGGGAAAACCGGAAGGUCUCCUGGCCCGGGGCUGUGGCCUGGACUUCCUCAAUAGGUCUCUGGCCAUCCGAGUGUCUGGCUGGAGUCCCCCUGGGGGCCUGGAUCCCCAGGAUAAGAGUCCAGAUAGCCUUCCGGUUCUUGGGGACAGAUGGUCUGGGGCCGUGGUGCGAAGGGUGCUGUCUGGGCCUGGGUCAGCCGGGACAGAACAGAAAGAGCCAAGGGCAGAAGGCACUGGCCUGGAGGGGCCAGGCCUGGAGGCCGAGGCCCAGCAGAGGACCUUGCCCUGGAAUCAAGGCUCCACCCUCCCCUUCCUGCUGGACUCAAAGGCCUGUCAGUCCUUCCACGAGGCCCUGGAUGCCUGGGCAAAAAAGCCGGGUGCUGAGCCCUUCUACAUUCGAGCCAACUUCCCCCUGCCCGAGCGGGCGGAUCCCCACGCCCUUUGUGUGAAAGCCCAAGAGAUCCUACGGUUGGUGGACCCGGCCUACAAGCGGAGGCAGGAGUGGUUCUGUACUCGAGUGGACACCCUUACCUUACGGGACCUGGACCGGGGCACUGUGCCCAAUUAUCAGAGAGCUCAGCAGCUUCUAGAAGUCCAGGAAAAGUACCAGAUCUCCAGCAGACACCGAAGUCCUCGAAGCAAUCUGAAGAAGCGAGCCCUGGGGCUGGUGAGGCCCAAGCCUGCAGGGGGCGCUGCAGGAGACUCAGCAGAACAGGUACCUGCAGAGCCCUGCUCGGAACUAGAACGAAGCCUAAAACCGUACAGCCUGGUGCGGCCGCUAUUGGUGUCUGCCCUGAGGCCUGUGGUGCUCUUGCCUGAGUGCCUGGCACCUCGCCUCAUCCGUAACCUGCUGGAUCUGCCAAGCUCCAGGCUGGAUUUCCAAGUGUGCCCUGCAGAAAGCCUCUCUGGAGAGGAACAGUGUACAUCCUCGGCCCCCGGAGCCCCCAAAGCCUGGCCUGCCACUGCCGGGCUGGGUAGCAGGAUCCGUGCCAUCCAGGAGUCUGUCGGGAAGAAGCACUGUCUGCUGGAGCUGGGUGCACGGGGAGUGCGGGAGUUGGUGCACAGCGAGGUCUACCCCAUUGUCAUCCAUGUGGAGGUGACUGAGAAGAAUGUCCGUGAGAUCAGGGGCCUGUUGGGCCGGCCAGGCUGGCGGGAUUCAGAGCUGCUCCGUCAGUGCCGGGGCUCAGAACAGUGGCUCUGGGGACUGCCGUGUUCUUGGGUGCAGGUGCCUGCCCAUGCUUGGGGCCAUGCAGAGGAGCUGGCCAAGGUGGUGCGUGGCCGAAUCUUGCAGGAACAGGCUCGCCUUGUGUGGGUGGAGCGAGGCAGCAGCAGAGGGGGCAGCGGCAGCAGCAGUGAGGCCUGAGGACCCAUCCAAUACCCAGCGUCUUACAGCCACUGUCCAGACCUCUUCCAUCGAUGCCUGGGCCUCCUCCAACCGGUACCUGGACACUCACCGUUUAUACGUGGGCUCACAGCUGUGCUGGCGAGAGCUGAGGACACCCUGUGUCUUCCGUGGAAUCAGACCUUCCACAGUCGGGGCCUUCCUUGUCCCCCAUGGAUUCUUCAGUGUGGGACCUUGGUCCUGGGCUCUCAGCAGAGCCUGUCACUGGCUCUGCACAGGCUCUAGGAGCCCACUCACCUGUCCCUGACCUGCUGCUCUGGUCUCCUCCCUAGCCCCACAGUUCCCACAUUUCCGUUUGUGCGUCUUAUGUGUGUGUCUGUGCCCUUUCCUUAUACACUCACCAUGGAAUAGAGUUCUCACACCGUUGUUCAAUUUUGCACACACGUCCUCAUGAAUCCCCAGUUCUGUCCCUCCACCUGGGUGCACAGGAUCUCUGGGGUCCUCAGUCUGGGUCUCUGCACCCAGCUGUGCCCAGCACCACGUGGCCUGCACAGUUCACUGGCAUUUCCUGUGUGUGCUGUCAUGCAGAUACCACGACUGCCCUGGUCCGCUCCUACCCUUAUAUCUCCUUGUGUGAGCUGUCUCUCAUCCUGUGUAAGCAUCACCAUCCUUGUGACACUGGCACUAACCACUGUGUGCUCUGCGCAGCACACCAGGACAUGUUCUCUCAGCUGGCUUCCUGUUUCCCACCGGCCUCUAGGGGGCCAGGGUGGUGGUGCUGCUAGGCCAUCCCAAUGUCAGGCUUGUGGGUAACUCCUAGGCCUUUUCAUCCAAGCUGCACACAAUGAGUCAUUAAAGUUUGUCAGAGAAGUUGA